ACUGGUGGGCACAGGUGGGUGGGCACAGGUGAGUGGCACUGCUGGGCACAGGUAGGUGGCACUUCUGGGCACAGGUGUGUGACACUGCAGAGUGGCACAGGUGGGUGCACUGCUGGGCACAGGUGGGUGCACUGCUGGGCACAGGUGGGUGAUCUGCUGGGCACCGGUGGGCGGAGCUAGUGGGCGCACUGCUGGGCACAGGUGGGCAGAACUUGCGGGUGGCACUGCUGGGCACCGAUCAUCAGGGCACUGAUCAUCAGUGCCCUGAUGAUCGCGUGUCAUUGGACACUGCUGAUCAGGUG